UUCCUUGCAUAACGAUGCUGCGUUCACUCUGGAUUUUUCAAAUCCUGCUUCUGGUAGUCCUAGCAAAUAAAUCGGAAUCCAGCAAGACACACUUUCAUCGCUAUAUGAUGGGCGAAUAUAAAGCGCAGCACAAUCCAAAAACACAAAUGGACUACAAACGAACUCGUACUGCAAACAGUGAUGCUGAGGCGGUACCAGGUGAAUUAAAUGGUACUGUGCAUUAUGGCACCUCCAAGGAGCCCGUGGUGAGGUUGACUAAGUCAGGAAAGAAAGUACUGCUCCAUGAGCUAAUGGUCCGCAUCUAUCAACAUAACAAGUACAUCUGCAUGGGAACUGUGAUUUCCGAGAAGCUAGUGAUCACCGCAUCAACCUGUUUCGAUGAUGGAAGCCCUGAUGUGGUGUCGAUGAAGAUGUUCGACGAUGAGAUCCUCGACGGGUUCAAGGUGCCCCUAAACAAGACUUUCCUGAAGGACGCCGAUUCUCUGCUGGUCGCCAUUAAACUACCCAACUCCCCCCACAAUUCCAGUGUAAUCGGCGACACAGUGAAGCUCUGCGACAUGGAACUGCAAAACUACAGUCCCGUUGAAUUGCCACUUUGGAUUCGAAGUCGCCACAGCGUUCACUCGCAGAUAACUUACACAGAGCCUAUCCAGGAGUGCCGGCAUCGUCUGAAGGAUCCGAGAGGAGUUGUGGCCACCAGUACAAUGAUCUGUGUGAAGAAUAUGAAGUAUACUGCCCUAUGCCAGCACGCCGUUGGGAAUCCCCUGAUUCAUCACGAUGAGAUAUGUGGCAUCAACGUGGCGGGCCAUAAUUGUCCCGCCUUCACUGGAGUCGAUUUAUAUCUUAGGGUCUACGAUGCUCUCGACUUCUCUAUAAAAGGCAUGGAAAUCAUUAAAAACAGCCAUAUAGAAGAUACAAUAUUGUAAAAGCUCUAGAAAAAUGAGUUUUCCCAUAUGUACAGUUUAUCCGAAACCAUAUUUAAAUACCAUUAGAAAUCCAUUAACAAUUUCCAAAUCGCUAGCUUUUUUUUCCUAAAAGCCAUGUAAUAUUAUAGCAGAAGUCAGUUUCAAAUAUCAUCAUGUUGAAAGUGGGCAUAUUUUUUCUUUUGGCUUUGCUAACUCUUAGUCCAGGCGAUUCAGGUGUAAAACAUCUCAAGAUGAACUAUAAAAAUGGUAACUGGCGUCCACACUUUGGCUACCGACGCAGUCACUACGCAAAUAGUCAUGGUUGAUUCCAUCAGUACCUUUAGGAUUUGAUGAAAGGCAGUUGGAAGAAGCACAAUUCCAGAUUUACUAAAUAAAAAAUGUAAAUACCGUAAA